CCCCAUCGCUCUAUUAAGUCUCUGAAGAAGCUGAACCUUCACUCACUGUCAACAAUGGCUUCUUCCUUCCUCUUCUUCCCUCACAAACUGAAACUCCAAAAACUCCUUCUCUCCGCUGCCGUCUUCUCCGCCCUCCUCUCCCUCAUCGUCGCGGACUCGUCGUCUCAGCCGCCGUACGCCUGCGACUCUUCCAACCCAGUCACCAAAACACUCCCAUUCUGCAGGACCUCUCUGCCGAUCAAACAGAGAGCCCGUGAUCUCGUCUCUCGACUCACAUUGGACGAGAAGGUUCUGCAGCUCGUCAACACCGCUCCGGCGAUCCCCCGCCUCGGCAUCCCUGCCUACGAGUGGUGGUCGGAGGCCCUCCACGGCGUCGCCCAUGUCGGCUACGGCAUCCGCCUCAACGGCACCAUCCCCGCUGCUACUAGCUUCCCUCAGGUUAUCCUCACUGCCGCCUCCUUCGACGAAAACCUCUGGUACCAAAUCGGACAGGCGAUAGGAACAGAGGCGAGGGCGGUGUACAAUGCAGGGCAAGCGAAGGGGAUGACAUUUUGGGCGCCAAACAUAAACAUAUUCAGAGACCCAAGAUGGGGAAGAGGGCAAGAAACCCCAGGAGAAGAUCCAUUGAUGACAGGAAAAUACUCAGUAGCAUUUGUGAGAGGGAUUCAAGGGGACGCCAUUGAAGGGGGGAAGCUCGGAAACCAACUCAAAGCUUCGGCAUGCUGCAAACACUUCACUGCAUACGAUCUGGACCGGUGGAAUGGGAUGACUCGAUAUGUAUUCGAUGCUAAGGUGACGAUGCAGGACAUGGCGGACACGUAUCAGCCGCCAUUUGAGAGCUGCGUGGAGAAGGGGAAAGCGAGUGGAAUAAUGUGCGCUUACAAUAGAGUGAAUGGAGUUCCAAGCUGUGCCGAUCAUCAUCUUUUGACUGUUACUGCAAGAAAAGAAUGGAAGUUUAAUGGGUACAUCACGUCGGACUGUGAUGCGGUGUCCAUCAUUCAUGAUGCACAAGGUUACGCCAAAAUUCCAGAAGAUGCGGUGGCUGAUGUACUUAGAGCUGGAAUGGACGUCAACUGCGGCACGUACCUGAAGGAGCAUGCGAAAUCUGCUGUGGAGAUGAAGAAAGUACCUAUUCCUUAUGUAGACCGUGCACUCCGCAACCUCUUUGCCGUUAGAAUGAGAUUGGGUUUAUUUGAUGGCAAUCCAACUAAACUGCCUUUUGGCCAAAUUGGUCCUGACCAAGUAUGCUCACAGCAACAUCAAAAUCUGGCUCUUCAAGCUGCAAGAGAGGGCAUUGUUCUCCUAAAGAACUCUGCCAAACUUCUUCCACUUUCCAAAUCGAAUACGCAUUCACUUGCUGUUAUAGGCCACAAUGGCGAUGACCCGAAAACACUUAGAGGAAAUUAUGCAGGAAUCCCUUGCAGAUCUGUUACCCCAUUUCAAGGUUUGAAUAGCUAUGUCAAGAACACUGUUUACCAUAGAGGCUGCAACUGGGCUAAUUGUACGGAGGCUACAAUUGAUCAGGCAGUGCAAAUAGUGAAAAGUGUGGAUUAUGUGGUGUUGGUUAUGGGGCUGGAUCAAACUCAAGAAAGAGAAGACUUCGAUCGCACGGAGUUGGGGCUCCCAGGAAAGCAAGACGCACUCAUUGCUGAAGUCGCCAAAGCUGCAAAAAGACCAGUCAUUUUGGUGAUUCUCUCCGGAGGUCCAGUUGAUAUAUCUUCAGCCAAGUAUAAUGAGAAGAUAGGAAGCAUCAUGUGGGCUGGUUAUCCAGGGCAAGCUGGAGGAACUGCCAUUGCAGAGAUCAUAUUUGGUGAUCACAACCCAGGAGGAAGAUUGCCAUUAACUUGGUAUCCACGUGAUUUCAUCAAAUUCCCAAUGACAGACAUGAGAAUGAGAGCAGACCCUUCAACAGGCUAUCCUGGCCGCACCUACCGCUUCUAUAAUGGACCGAAAGUCUAUGAAUUUGGCUACGGUCUCAGCUACUCCAACUAUCUCUAUGAAUUCACAUCAGUUACUGAAAGCAAACUAGACCUUAGCCAUCCAACAGCCAGCCAGCCAGCCAUAAACUCUGACUCGGUACGUUACAGGCUCGUCUCAGACCUGGACAAGAAGUUCUGUGAGAGCAGGGCUGUGAAUGUGACCAUCGGAGUUAGAAAUGAAGGGGAAAUGGCAGGUAAGCAUUCGGUAUUGCUAUUCGUGAAGCCUUCGAAGCCGGUAAAUGGGAGUCCUGUGAAGCAAUUGGUGGGAUUCAAGAGGCUGGAGAUAAAUGCAGGGGAGAGAAGUGAGAUUGAGUUUUUGGUUAGUCCUUGUGAACAUGUAAGUAAGGCUAGUGAAGAGGGACUGAUGAUUAUAGAAGAAGGGUCUUAUUCGUUGUUCGUAGGAGAUGUGGAACAUCCUUUUGAUAUCUUUGUUUGAUAUCAGCUUGGAUUAAUAAUAAUACUUUGGAAUAUGAUGCAAUAGUUACAAUCAGUUCAUUUCAUACGCAGGAGAGAUUGUAUUAUCUGAAGUUAACUCCAAUGAUGUGCUUUGCUGCCUGUAAUGGAAAAUGUGCAGCUCUUAAGUACACGAGUGAAGUGGAGCUAUCUUCAUUAUGUAGCCAGAGAUAAAUAAGCAAAUGUUUCUUUAAGAAUUCCAA